AUGAUUGAGAUAACAGAAAAAGACACUUUUGAUGUUUACCAAAUCUGCAAAGAAAAAAACAUUGAUAUUAGGAAAUUCACACCUUUUCAUGAACAAACUGAAGAUAAUUAUGCUGAAUUAUUAUUUGAACCUAUUGGCCCAAGUCAAUCAACCAAUAAUGAAAAUCCUGAUAAACUUGAUAUAGAAGAGCAUCGAUUAAUAGAGCCCCCUAUUAUUACUGAAGACCUAUGUGAUUUAGUUAAAGCUGCAAUUAAGCUUAACAAGUCACCUACUAUAUCAACUCUCGAACCUACAACAACUAAUAACUUGAUUGCAGCUUUAUAUAGUAGCGAAGAACCUAAUGAUAAAAUUCUUAAUGAAACUAAAGUUGACUGUUACCUUUGUGAACCUGCUGAGAAAAUGGGCUCUCAAAAAUACUUGUCAGUUUUAUUAACAUCAGUCCUCUCAGAGCAAUUAUUUUUAGACACUGAAUUACACAUUAUGGCAUUAUGUAACAGGCUUCAUUCAGAUAUAGUUAAGCAAAUAAUGUUCCUUAAACAUAAUAUGCAGCAUUUUUCUAUUUUUAAACUGGAUGAAUUAUAA